UUUUUUUUUUUUUUUCAUCACACUCACUUUCCCUAGAAGAAGUAAGUUUCCUCCACUAGUAUGAUGCCACCAUCAUCAUCACAAUAAUUGUCAUCAUCAUCUAAUUAGAUGGCGCCGGUGAAAAGGAGGGUGUUCAAGACAAAAAAUGAAAUGGCAGUGGAGCUGGCCAAAUACACGGCGGAUCUUUCCUUCAAAUUCUGCAAAGAAAGAGGAAUUUUCACUGUCGUUCUCUCCGGCGGCGACCUCAUCUCCUGGCUCUGGAAAUUGUUAGAAGCUCCUCAUAUUGAUUCAAUUGAGUGGUCUAAGUGGCACAUCUUCUGGGUCGACGAGAGGGUUUGUGCUUGGGAUAAUGUGGAUAGCAACUAUAAACUUGCUUACGACGGUUUUCUCUCCAAGGUUCCAAUUCCAGCUGAAAACAUCUACGCUAUCGACAACGGACUCGGGGCAGAAGGCAACGCCGAGCUAGCAGCUGAAAGGUACGAGGAGUGCCUCAAACAAAAGGUGAACCAAAACAUAAUCCGAACAUACAAAUCUUCUGGUUUUCCACAAUUCGAUCUUCAGCUUCUAGGAAUGGGACCGGACGGUCACAUGGCGUCUCUAUUCCCGGGACAUGAUCAGAUCAACGAGAAAGUGAAAUGGGUCACAUCUAUAACCGAUUCACCUAAGCCACCACCAAAAAGGAUAACUUUUACUUUACCGGUUAUCAAUUGUGCUUCCUACAAUGUUAUGGCCGUAUGUGAUAAACAGCAGGCUGAUUCGGUUGCGGCUGCUCUUACUCAUACCAAAGACUUACCCGCCGGUAGACUAACCGCGGAUGUUGAAGUGGUUUGGUUCCUUGACCAAGCUGCUGCGUCUAAACUCCCUCAUGGCUGGUGCUCCAUCCUUUGAUAUAAACGUUUAUGUCUUUGUCUCACUAGCUAAGUCGUUUGUUUGUGAACCGUGCAUGUAUUGCUUAAUUACUUGUUAUGUUGUGUACCAACACCAUAUUGAUCUUGGUGACUUUGGUUUACAAGUUUGUGGGCCUAUAGUGUAUCAACAAAUGACGCAAAACUCAAAAAUAAAUCAAGUAAAGUGCAAAUAUUAAUGUA